AUGAACGCGGCGCUGGAUGCCCUCUGGUCUGGGCGAUCGGUGAAAGAGGCUACCGAGGAGGUGGCCAAGACUAUUUCUACUAGAACGGUGGGUAAGCCUCUUGCUCCGCCUUCCUCCCGAGCUCCCAAACCGAGCACCCGGGGAGUUAAAUCUGCCAGACCAUCUAGCCGCGGCAGGUCGAGCUCGGCUUCCAAGUUUUCUGAAGCCUCUAAGUCUCCGCGGGCUUCUGGUGCAAAAGCGAAGGAGGAUCCGAAGAUUGCUGCCCAAUCAGCUAAGGACUCUGAGCUCAUGCGGACAGAUGACCUUCAGUCUUUUGCUGACGUCUCCGCGGGGCUUUUGGAGGUUGCCCCCGCCGACGAAGGGGGGCUUAGGGACACGAAUGAAGUCGACCCAGAAGGUCAAAAUGCCCAAGAAAUCUCUUCUGGGGUCGUCCUUACGAAGGAGGCUGAAUCUGAGCCCGCGGAGGGGGCUCCUCCUCGAAGGGAGACAACAAUUGUUUCUCGGGGCACGGCCAAGGAGGUCGGGAGUAAGCGCCCUGCUCCCUCUGACGCUCCUGCCCCUGUUGCUAAGAAACCCCGAGCCUCCGGAAGUGCUGCCCCUGCCCUGCCUCCGCUCGAGAAGAAGAAGACCUCGGUGGUGCCCCUGCUUUCUACUCUAGACAAUGAUAUCCUGAAUGCAGAGGACAUCACCCAUCAGUCUCCAGCGACCGUGGUCGCUAAAAUAAUCUGGGAGCGAAUGUUCGGUGGAGUUACACAGGCUUCAAAUCCUCAUUUGUUGGCUCUCUCUAGCCAUCUGGCUAGUUCUACUCAAAAGCAGGUGGCCUUCCGGGCUUAG